CGAAGGUGAAUCAUUAAAGGUAGACAGCUGUAUAUGGCCUUACCUGCAUGGCGGUUGUUUAUUUUCACUUAAAGUUUUAAAGCAAAUAUGGCUAUUCAACGAAACGAGUUACAUUGGGGAGACAUUUUAGUGAUUCUUGGAUAUUUUGUGGCAGUUAUCUCUGUCGGUAUAUGGUCAUCAUGUCGAAACAGAGGAAGUGUGAAAGGGUACUUCUUAGCCGGAAGGAGCAUGCACUGGAUCCCGGUCGGCGCUUCAUUGUUUGCUAGUAACAUUGGCAGCGGGCAUUUCGUCGGGUUGGCAGGUUCAGGGGCGUCCAAUGGGAUUGGUAUUGCCGUGUUCGAACUUAAUGCUAUAUUCAUUCUAAUGCUGCUAGGAUGGCUCUUUGUUCCGGUUUACACCGCAGCAGGGGUAUUUACUAUGCCAGAAUAUUUGAGAAAACGAUUCGGCGGGCAAAGAAUUCGAGUGUAUCUAGCAGUGUUAGCUUUAGCACUAUAUGUUUUUACAAAAAUAUCAGCUGAUCUGUAUUCUGGGGCGUUAUUUAUCACCCAGUCAGUAACUAUGAAUCUCUAUUUAGCAGUUGUUAUUUUACUGGCGGUCUCUGCUCUAUUCACAAUAGCAGGAGGUCUCACGGCUGUGAUAUGGACAGAUUUCGCCCAGGUGGUCAUCAUGGUCAUUGGUGCUUUCAUUCUCAUGGUUAUGAGCUUCAUAGAAGUUGGUGGUUACGAAGCAAUUGUAAAGAAAUAUUUUGAGGCGUGGCCGGAAACCACUAAAGCUAACUACGGUAACGACAGCUACCCGUACUGGAAAUGUGGUAUUCCUCCAGAUAACUCUAUGAAUCUUAUCAGAAGUUACGAUGACGGUUCUCUCCCUUGGCCAGGAAUAAUGUUUGGUCUCACAAUUUCAUCGGUGUGGUACUGGUGCUCUGAUCAGGUUAUCGUACAAAGAGCAUUAGCUGCUAAGAAUUUAUCACACGCCAAGGCAGGUACUAUUCUUGCGGGAUAUCUAAAAUUUCUACCACUAUGGCUAAUAGUGUUCCCAGGAAUGAUUGCAAGAAUUCUUUUCCCAGACGAAGUUGCCUGUGCUGAUCCUAAGUCGUGUAUGGAAGUAUGCGAAAGUGAGAAAGGUUGUACGAAUAUUGCCUUCCCGAAGCUCGUACUUAAAAUCAUGCCGACCGGGCUGAGAGGGCUGAUGUUGGCUGUAAUGAUGUCGGCUCUCAUUUCAUCUCUAACUUCAAUUUUUAACAGUAGCAGUACGAUCAUGACGAUGGAUAUUUGGAGAUUAAUCCGCAAAAAUGCUUCUGAUGUAGAACUUAUGGUGGUUGGCAGACUUUGUGUUGUAGUUCUUGUAGCCAUUUCAAUUCUAUGGAUUCCUAUUGUUCAGAACUUUGGGGAGUUAUUUCACUAUAUACAGGCAAUUACAAGCUUUUUGGCGCCACCUAUCUGUGCAACUUACGUACUGGCGGUGUUUUGGAAACGAAUAAAUGAACAGGGUGCGUUUUGGGGUUUAAUGGUAGGACUUCUUGUGGGAAUUAUACGUUUUGCAUGGGAGUAUGCGUACACAGUGCCACCUUGUGGGGAGUCCGAAGACGAUCAUCGGCCAGCAAUCAUUGCUGACGUUCACUAUCUUCACUUCGGGUGCAUCCUCUUCCUUUUGUGCGUCAUUGUAACCAUCAUCGUCAGCCUUCUCACGAAACCCAUUGAAGACAAACACUUACACCGUUUGACAUUCUGGAGUCGCUACAGUCAGAAAGAGAGAAUAGACAUAUCUGAGGAUGCUCAAGUGGAACCGACGGCAAAGAGUAUAACUGUAUUUGGAUCUGACCAGGAAUACGAGACACUGCCAUGGUACAAGAAAGCCGGUCAAUGGAUAUGCGGUAUAGAGAAACACGACGAUGAUGGACCACAAUUGACAGACGAAGAGCAAAAAGCGAUUGAAAGAAAACAAUUGUCAAUCCAUGAAACAAAAUGGUGGAAACGAGUCCUUAAUGUCAACGCCAUCGUCCUUAUGACGUUGGCGGUGUUCUUGUGGGGAUUUUACGCAUAAUAAUCACUCGCUUUUUACAUAUAAAAACCAUCAAGGUGUUCCGUAGAUGAAGAAUUUGACAAGAUGUAUUGAAAUUUGUCAAUGAGAAAGACUAUAUUACAUUCUUAAGAGUCUGUAUGAAUUAGUAAUGCACACAAAAAGCUGAUUCGAUAUGUUAAAUAAAUAACUGCUAUGGUAUACUGUUAUAUAUCAUCUAUUAAAUGGUUGAUUAAAUAUUAUAUUAGGAAUUUAGUUGUACAAUAGUAUGCUUAAAAACUCUCAUAUCAAUGCGCAGUUACAAGCAUGAAGUAAACAAAAUGAUUUAAAUAUUGAACUAUUGAAUACUUCACAUGUAUUUGUUGACACUUAUAGGCAAGUCUUAAGUAGAUAUUCGUGCACUGAUUGGCUAUAAUGUUUGAAACUGGUUUGCAUAUUUACAAUUCACUUGUUUUACAGCGUGUUUUAAAAUUGUAUUGAUACAAAUCCAUAUGUUAUCAUAACAUAUUUCAUGUAUUUUGUACGGAUGGGGAAUUGCAUGCAGUUAGAAAAAAGCGAAAUGCCCGGCAUCGUGGAAUACGACACAAGUUCGACAGGAGCUACUUUUGUUUAACGCGUCAGUUGACUGUAUUUUGGCGCUACGAAUUACUUUGCCUAUCUGAUACUGAGGGAAUAUUUGUAAUUAAGGACGAAUCAUGUUUUAUCAUAAGAAAAAAAAACGAAUCAUUCAUUAUAUCAUAAAUUGAUACAGGAAACAAACUUAAAAUUUAUAGAUACCUUAUUGCCCGAUUACCAUAAAUAUAUAAAUUAUUGACAGAAUGUGCAUUGAAACGCAACCGAAUAUUUAAAAGGUUUUUUUUACAUAUAAUCUUUUUCAAAGGAAUUAAUUACAAUAAAUAUUCAAUAAAGCUAAUGGAAUUCACUUACUUUGUGCUGCGUCGGAAGCAUUCUAUGUUUAAAAAUAUUAUAUCUAAAAACUACAAAGUGAUUUCUCGGCAAACAAAAUACAAACAUUAUGUGCGUAAGGACAUUUUAUAAGGUGCGUAAACAAAUGCCGGUGUAAACAUAUUCAUAAAAAAAUUUUCGUUUUUAAAUUAUCACCAUCCUUUCCUUAAUGUACUACAUUAAUGCCAAUCCUUUAUAUAUUUGUUUACUAAUUUUAACAAUUCAUGUCCCAGAUAAAGCAAAUAAUCCAUAUCAAAAAAGAGGGUAAAUAUUAAAGGGGCUCUUUCCAAUGAGGUUCAAAUCCUAAAAAAGUCAAAUGGACAGUUACACAAAAAACAUCUGCCAUUUCAUGUACAAAAAAUCUCAAUAUUGCCCUUUUAAUAUUCUAACAUUAUUCUAGUGAAUACACUAUAUUUUAUAAGCCAAUGUUUAAUACAAAGGGUUAAAAAUGCCUCCUGUCUCCGCUUUUUAACAUUAUUUGUACGCAAUUGUAUAAUGUUUACAUGAUAUUGCUGUUUAUAUUUUUAGUACUGUAUAUCCAUUUUAUUAUUCAGACAUUUUUUAAAAUAAACUUUAAUAUAGAUA